AUGGCUGCAAACGCUGAAGACGGUGUUGUACCGUUGUUGAAUCCGAUACUCGCAAAAGAAAACGAGGAUCAUCUUUAUCAUUUUGGCAUUAAACGAACUACCGUUGAUUUGCCCAAAACAUUUGGCGAUGUUAGAUUUGUUUGCUGUGGUGGUAGUCCAGCUCGUUUGACGUUAUAUGCUGAAAAAUUUGCCAAAGAUUUGGGACUAGAAGUUGGCAAAAAUUUAUCGCAAACCGAUCGUUAUGUGCUCUAUAAGACAGGGCCUGUGUUAUGGAUUAGUCAUGGAAUUGGCGCAGCAUCACUUAGUAUUAUGCUUGUUGAAACCAUCAAACUAUUACACUAUGCAAAUGCAAAAAAUGUAACUUUUAUUCGACUAGGUACCUCUGGUGGCUUAGGUGUACCACCAGGUACAGUGGUAAUUUCUAAUGGUGCAGUAAAUGGUGAAGUUCAAGAGUUUCAUAUUCAGUAUAUCAGAGGAAAAAAGGUAUUGAGACCGGCUAUAUUUGAUGAGCAGUUAUGGAACGAUUUGUAUAAUUUGGGUAAAGAACUAAAUAUGCCAGUUGCAACUGGUAAAACAAUGUGCGCUGAUGAUUUCUAUGAAGGUCAAUCAAGACUUGAUGGAGCAUUUUGCGAUUAUACAGAAAAGGAUAAAUUUGAUUUUUUGAAUGAAUUGCACUCCAAAGGGGUUCGUAACAUUGAAAUGGAAGCCACUUGUUUUUCUGCAAUGACACACCGUGCUGGCAUUAAGGCUGCUAUUGUAUGUACUACUAUAUUGGAUCGGAUGAAAGGAGAUCAGGUUCAAGUGGAACAUUCUGAUUAUUUGGACUAUGAAAUGAGACCUUAUAAUUUGGUAUCAGAAUAUAUCAAAAAACAAACUGGAUUAGGCAACAAAUAG